AUGCUCAUCCCAAAGGCGAACCACUGGCUGUCUGUCAAUGCCGACUUGAAGCUCCUCAAAUGCGAAACAGUUGAGCGCAAAUCAGCUGACCUCGAGUUUGUUUAUUCUCAAAAUGUUCUAUUCAGACCUGAGAAACCUUCUGCUAACAACAGCAGCAGCAGUAACAAAAACAACAACAUUAACAGCAACAACAACAACAACAUUAACAACAUAUACAACUGCAGCAACAACACAUCAAGCAACACAACAGUCAACACCACAGUUAAUUUCAACAGCCUCCCUAACCAUGCCAUCAACCUGGCCCACCAUGCUAAAACCUUGAGAGUCUUCUGCGUCAAAGGGUUAAGAUCCUACCUGGAUCUUUCUGGAUCCUUCCUGUAUCUUUCCUGGAUCCUCCCUAGAUCCUCUCUUGAUCCUCCCUGGGUCCUCCACUGGCGAGGAUAA